AUGGCCAGGAAGGUGCAGAAGGUUGCCCGUGUCUGGGGCAGGAUCUGCCUGCUGGUAUCUUUCCUCCUCCAGCUCCAGGGAGCCCAGGCAAAAUGUUAUUUCCAGGCGCAAGCUCCCUGUCACUACGAGGGGAAGCAGUUCACCCUGGGGGAGUCCUGGCUCAGCACCACCUGCCUGCUCUGUACCUGCCUCCACCCUGUUGGCGUGGGCUGCUGUGAGAUCACCCAGCACCCCAUCGAUUUUCCAGACUGGUGCAUGGCCCACUACGACUCACAGACCUGCCAGAUUUCAGUGGUGCAGAAAGCCAACCCCAGCCUGCCGUGCGUGAGCAGCAUGGAGCACGAGUGGGGCUCGGCCAGCACCUCGCAGCCAGUGAUCAACAAGGUGCUAGAGAUGCGGCUGAGCAGGUAGA